AUGAUCCAGCACAUCAACUACAGAGUGCGGGUCACUCUGCAAGACUCCAGAACGUUUAUAGGCACUUUUAAAGCGUUCGAUAAGCACAUGAACAUGAUACUCGGAGACUGUGAAGAAUUCAGGAAAAUCAAGCCGAAAAAUUCCAAAAUAGAACGGGAAGAAAAGCGAGUAUUAGGUUUUGUCUUGUUGAGAGGUGAAAGCAUAGUUUCGCUGACGGUAGAAGGGCCCCCACCUCCAGAAGAGGGGCUGCCGAGAGUGCCUAUUCCUGGAGCGACACCCGGACCAGGUAUCAAUGAAUUUAAAAUAGUUGUACCAUCUAUAAUAACAAAGUUUUAUUUCAUGCUCGGCAAGGUUGAGCCAUGCUGUUGA